AUGGCAUCGGAAUUCCCUGUGCCACAGUUCACAGCGUCCCCUUCACAGUACACCCUCUUCAACUCGCAGACUCAGCAGAUCUCCCCAACCAACUCUGCGACUGCGACGCCCAAUAUUAAUAACGCCUCCCCAACAUCUCCUCGAACCGCCCUGCCUCCCCAUCUGCCACAGCAUACUCGCCAGCUUCGUCCACCAAAGUCACCACUUUAUGUACCAGCGGUUUUGCGUCCCACCGAUCCUCCGCGGAGAGUGACAAGACAGUCUCCGUUGACCCCACCACAGAGCGGUAACAACAGUUUCGACGAUCUCGAGAAUGCACGAACGCUGAAUAGACUCUCGACGGGAGACAGUGGAAAGUUCGGUUUAGGAGCAAUAACUGAGGCGGAGUGGAGCACGGAAGGACUGGGCAAGGUUACGGCCCAGCCGACACGAGAGCACUGGAAGCCUGACUCGGAAUCUUCCAUCUGCGACGAAACCACCUGUACAAGAUAUUUCACCUACUUCACACGACGGCACCACUGUCGACGCUGUGGAAAUAUUUUCUGUGACCUGCAUUCCUUAUACACAAUUCCUCUAGAUCAGGAUGCGAAUUAUCAUCCCAAGGGCACGAGAGUUCGCUCGUGCGAGCAUUGCUGGACCGACUAUCGUCGCUGGCAGAUUGCAAGAUCGAGCCGUUCCAACAGCGAGAGCUCGCACAGCGAAGAGCCUGCCACACCGACUGUAAGCUGCGGAAAGCCUAGGGGAGCUAUGAGCAAUGUGUUUGGGAAAGCCGGUGGCUUGUCCGAGAGCAUUGCUGCCAGCGUCCCGAGGGACUGGAACUGGAGCACCUUUUGA